AUGGCCUACGUCAUUAAAUUCUAUACCGAUGCCGGGUGUAAAGGCAAUGGAACAUCAGGGGCAAUUGGAGCCGCUGCCGCCGUUUUUGAGACAGAAGACGGCGACUACAAGAGCUGGAAGAUGUCACUAGCCUCAUAUCCUACGCCGACAAACGAGCGUGCCGGAAUCGAAGCUAUUGUCCUGGCUUUAGAGAAAGCCCUAGAUUUGUUUGACAAUCUUAACAGCAGCCCAUGGCUUGAUGUGGCAAUCUACUCUGAUUCGAGAUAUGGGGUUGACUGUAUGACAAAAUGGAUUUAUAAAUGGACUAGGAAUGGCUGGGUUAAUUAUGCGGGUCACGAUGUUGCGAAUCGAGAUCUCUUGGAGCAAGCAUCGGAUCUUGAUCAGAGAUUGAGGGCGGAGGGAGAUGUGCAGUUUCUCUGGAUUCCGAGGGAGAAAAAUGGGAUUGCAGAUAGAUUGUGUAAUGAGGCUAUGGACGAGCAAGACUGCUACUACUAA